AGAAAUCAAAGAGAUAUCGCAAUCUGACACGUUUUUACAACGAAGGUCAACAUGAAUAUGUUCGCUUCAAUAGCAGGAAUAGCAAGUGUGAAAUAAAAGCUGUAUGGGCUUUGCAUGACAGAUCAUCUUCCGCAACAGCUGCCAGAAUGAUAAGAGGCGAUUGGGAAACUACUGCCUGUGCAAAGCAAUUACAAUCAGCAUCACUAAAUUUCCUACUAGUUGAGAGGACAAACAUUCAUGAGGCAGCAAAAUCACUUUUUAGUGCAUCAGCUGAGAAUCUUAUCUCUCCGAGCUGGAUGACCGACUCCGAUGUUGAAUUCAUGGCUUUGAUACAUGCAACUUUCAUACCAGAUUCAGAAGGCUCUAUCAAAGUUACAUGCGAUCCAUUCAGACUCUCGGAUUACAUUGGACUUUCUGCAGACUAUUUAAAAGAAAGCACCAUAUCAGCUGAGGCAACAGUUCGACUGCUGCCGUGUCCUCCACAUAGAUAUGGCCUCUUAUGUGAGAAUCAGUGUUCAUGUAGAAACGGUGCGAAUUGUCACAGAUUCAAUGGAGCCUGCAAGUGUAAACCAGGUUGGCAGGGGGUCAUCUGUGACAUACCAAAACAAGAACUGUCAAUCAACUCAACACAAGGACAUUUAGAUGAACUGUACAUUACCGGAUCUGUGACUCUUCAUUGUCAACAACACCAUGUCAAUGUUACAAAGCUGACAUGGUUAUUUCAGCCUGAGAAACGGAGGGGGGCCUUCAAGCCUUUAGGUGUCAAGCACGGACACAAAGUGGAAAUAGUGAAUCUUCAGAAUGAAAACAAUGGCUUGUACAUCUGCCAAGCGAUCACAACACAAGGUAAUGUCCUGAGAGCGAACUUCAUACUCAAUGUAACUUCCUGCCCACCCAAUCACCAUGGGUCGAGAUGCGAGAAGAUCUGCAACUGUCUGCAUGGCUCUGACUGUGAUCGGCGGGACGGAUGUGUUUGUCUGGAAGGUUGGAGAGGACACAGAUGUGAGGAUCCCUGUAAACCGGGAACGUAUGGACUAAGAUGUGAGAGUAGUUGCGUCUGUAAAAACAGAGCCUACUGCAGUCCUAGCGACGGGACAUGUAACUGCACAGCAGGCUGGAAAGGCACGACUUGUAGCCAGCCAUGCGAGAAGGGCACAUUCGGACACAACUGCCAAUCUGACUGCACCUGCAAGAACAACGCCACCUGUCAUCACGUGGAUGGCAGCUGCACCUGUAUCCCACCAUGGUCGGGACCGAACUGUGAUAUCAUGAUCAAGCAGUCAGAUCUUCAUGUAGCUAUUCUGAUAAGCGUUUCUUGUGUUUUGGGGUUCCUUGCAUUUGUUGGCAUUCUAGCAUGUAAGAAAAAAUGGAAGCUUUUCGCAAUGCACAAACCACUCCCAGAAGAGGAAUAUGCUGUAUGUGAGUUGAGGAGGAUGGAAAAAGACCUGGCAGACAAGUUACGCCCAGGAUGGCUGGAGCGAUGGCAGAUAGACAGCAGCCAGCUGACAUUGGGAGAUAUGAUAGGGAUGGGUGCCUUCGGUCUGGUGACACAAGCCAACCUAGCGUUGCCUACCGGACAACAAACUGUUGCAGCCAAGAUGAUCCGCUUCAACGACAGACUGUGUUACCAGGACUUCUACAGAGAGACAGCGAUACUUACAGUGAUACAUGAGGAAAAGGGAUACAAUACCCGAAAAUCUAAUAUCAUCCAGUUGCUUGGAUUUAACAUCAAAUCCAAUCCAAAGUGCUUGAUCCUCGAGUACGCCAGCAAAGGAAACCUCCUCAACUUCUUAAGGCAAAAGAAAAAUAAGUUACAUCACUUGCUGUAUUUUGCAAUUGACAUUACACACGCCCUCAGUCAUCUGAAAGAUCUCCGCAUUUCCCAUCGCGACGUGGCCGCACGUAACGUUCUAAUCACUGAACAGAAUGUCGCAAAACUUGGCGACUUCGGCCUUGCUCGCGACGUGUACAACACAGCACAAUACAUUCCUGUCAAUCACCAAGGCCAAGAACAACGUCUCCCGUUGAAAUGGAUGGCGAUCGAGUCCCUCCUACAUCUUCAGUUCUCGUGCGAAAGCGACCUGUGGUCCUUUGGUGUGCUUCUGUGGGAGAUUGUAACAGGUGGGACGGACCCCAUGUACGGCAACACACCACAGCCGACCUGUCAGCAGCUUGUGGAGAUCCUACAGCAGGGGAUCCGUCUGGACAUGCCUGCGGAGUGUCCUCCAGACCUGUACGUCAUCAUGACGUCAUGUUGGAGCGAGGACCCAACAGCAAGGCCAAAACCAGAAGUGUUGAGAGAAAGACUGAUACGUGAACAGGAAAAACUGAACCCACACCAAGUGUUUAUUGAGAGGGAGACAGUGGUGUGAUCAGCACGGGACAACAUCCGGCUUUACAGCUUAAUGGGCUUCUACAUUCAUCAUUUAAGAAGAUUUCUCAGAGACUACUAUUGCUGGAGUAUGUAACAAUGAAUGCACGACUUGUAUAUACAUUAUGAAGCAAACUGGACAU